CUUAUAUAUUUACUUUUCUUUUAACGCGUCAUGUCGCUACCUUUACUUGUUGUUGGUGGAAGUGGCCUAGUUGGUAGUUCGAUUAUUCGUCAGAGUAGACAGGACCACAAAUACCAUAUCCUGGCAUUAUCACGCUCAGCGUCUGCUUCAAACGACAGUGACAAUGUUCACUAUGUCCAAGGCAACGCACUUGAGCCCUCUACUCUUUCUGGGCCACUCAAGAACAACCCUGAUGUAGUCUGUGCAGUUGGUAUCAUCAGGGAAGAUCCCAAGCGUGGAAAUGACGGGACAUUUGAACGAGUCAAUCGCGACUCGGCAAUCACUGUUGCCAAAGCCAUGGCAGAGCGCUAUGACGGCAAGACCAGAAAGUGCUUUGUCUUUAUUUCUGCAGCAAAUUAUCUGCCUAGCUUCAUGUUAGAUAGAAAUUACUAUAAAGCCAAACGAGAGGCUGAAGCUGCUUUGUUAGGCAAAGAACUCAGUGACAGAUUACGUGUUGUCAUCUUACAGCCUGGACUUAUAUACUCGUACAAUCGACGACAGCUGGUACUUCCGUUCGCGCUGAGUCUAAUUGUGGGCUCUGCUGUGCUUAAGCCACUGAGUUCGCAUUUACCCGACCAAGCCUUGUACCUCACGGACCGGCCGCUUUUGGACGAUGAUAUCUCAAAGGCCGUACUUGAGGCUGUGGAAAAUAAAGACGUAGAGGGGAUUUAUAACAUUGACCGAAUCAGACUUCUUGCCAAGGCAUGGGAGCAGAAGCAUACCAACAAGACCAAAUAGAUAUUCAUUAUAUUCUAUGUAUUGUUUUGUUUUGUUUUGUUUUGUUUUAUUAUGAUUAUGGUUAUGGUUAUGGUUAUUAUUAUUUUGAAAUAAAGAAGACGAAGAAGAAAUGAAAUAAAAUAUAUAAAUACGUAUACACAAGAGAGAUAAUAUAUAUAUAUAUAUGAUUUUGUGUUGUUUAGGGCCAGAUAAGAAUCUCCUUGAUGAUAGCAUCAUCCCAACCAUCACAGAGUUCUUUUUGGUCGGGGGUUCUGCAGAACUGUUGGACAUCAGUAGCAGCCCAGACAUCAAGUGAUUCGAUAGUGUGGCUAACGAGGGUAUUGACUAACAAGAGUACGUGAGGAUCAUCAGAGAGAGAACCGGCACCGUAACGAGUUAAGGAUGAAUAGACAGCAUGCUUUGUGUUCUGGACAAGACUACGGACAAGGAGACCGUUAUCAUAGGUGGCAGAGGAUGACAGUUGGCUCUGAAUACGUCCAAUAAUACGUUCCUUGACCAUGGGCAAAAAGUGACAAAUCGAAGGAGGGUUACCACAGAUGUAAUCCAUCUUUUCACACUCUUCGAGAGUCCAGCUCUCUCCUGGGGGAGGCAUUCUUCGGUCCACUCUCUUGGGGUUGUUGCAGUCACCUUUGAAUGGCUUGUCCUCGGCAAACAUGACUCUGAAGAUACCAUUGUUGAGAGUAGUGCCGGUGGACUGGACAGUAAAGUCUCGUAGAGUGCCGUCUACAGCAGACUGGAUGUUCUGACGCAGGAUGUCUUCGGGAACAACAGCCGACAGAGAGGCAGGCACAGUAGUGUUGCUUAAUGAGGUCGUCAAGGAUGCCUGAAGACUACGGAUGGUCUUAUCAAUCACGGGUGCAUAAUGACCUGCAAAGUCUUCGGCUAGUCCAUGGCGACACUCUGGCUCGCACGCAAGUACAGCGGCUGCCAUUGUCACAAGGAUAAAUGAAAAGUACCGCAUCGAUAGAUUGAUAGGGAAUGAAGAAU